AUGGAGACAAAAAGUUUGAGGAUGUUGGGUAUGAUAAUGUUGUGUUGUUGUCUUGUAAUUAGAGUGUCGGAAGGGCAAAGUGGGAGCAAUGUGAGAGCAACAUAUAACUUGUACAAUGCUCCACAGAUCAAUUGGGAUUUGAAUGCUGUGAGUGCUUUCUGUGCAACAUGGGAUGCCAAUCAGCCUUUAGAGUGGCGCAGCCAAUAUGGAUGGACUGCCUUCUGUGGCCCUGUUGGCCCCCAUGGCCAGGAUUCUUGUGGCCAAUGCCUACUGGUGACCAACACUGAAACAGGAGCUCAACAAACAGUGAGAAUUGUGGAUCAGUGUAGCAAUGGAGGCCUGGAUUUGGAUGUUGGAGUGUUCCAAAGUCUCGACACCAAUGGAAAUGGCAAUGCUAAUGGCUUCCUCACAGUCAACUAUGAUUUUGUCAAUUGUUGAUCAGAUCAAAGAAGGAAAAAAC